AUGAGCGAGCGGAGCCAGGUUGCGAGCUCGGCGCCAGCGACUCCCGUGACCGCCCCUGCGCGCGCCGUCGCCGGACCCAAGCGGGAUCUGUGGGCGCGUGUGCGCCGCCACUGGAUGCUGUACGUGAUGAUCGCGCCGGCGAUCCUGGGCUUCCUGCUGUUCAAGUACAUCCCGGCCAUCGGCGCGUUGACCAUCCCGUUCACCCGCUACAGCAUCGUCGACGGCUUCUUCGGGUCGGAGUGGGUCGGGCUGAAGUGGUUCAUCUCCUUCCUUUCCGGCGGGUUCUUCCCGCGCCUGCUCAGGAACACCUUCCUGCUCGGCUUCCUGGGGAUGGUGAUCGGCUUCCCCAUGCCGAUCCUGCUGGCGCUGUCGCUCAACGAGAUCAGGAGCCAGCCGUUCAAGCGGUUCGCCCAGACCAUCACCUAUCUCCCCCACUUCAUCUCGGUGGUGGUGGUGGUCGGCCUGAUGUACUCCUGGUUCGCCUACGACGGGUACGUCAACAACUUCCUCGGCGUCUUCAACCUCGAUCCCAUCGACUUCCAGGGCGAUCCGCGCUGGUUCCGGCCGCUGUACAUCGGUUCCGGCAUCUGGCAGGGGAUCGGCUGGGGGUCGAUCCUCUACCUGGCCGCCCUCGGCGGCGUCAACCCGGAGCUGUACGAGUCCGCCUACCUGGACGGCGCCAACCGCGUGCGCCGCGCCUGGCACGUGACGCUGCCGGGCAUCGCCCCGACGAUCACCAUUCUGCUGAUCCUGGGCAUGCAGAACAUCAUCGAGGUCGGCUUCGAGAAAGCAUUCCUGAUGCAGAACCCCGCGAACAUGAGCACCUCCGACGUGUUCGCGAUCUACAUCUACCGGCGCGGCAUCAUCGGCCUGGACUUCUCGUUCGCGUCCGCCGUCGGCCUGCUCAACUCGGUCGUCGGGCUGCUGCUGGUGCUGAGCGCCAACUACCUGAGCAGGCUGUUCAACGAGCACAGCCUGUGGUGA